GAGAAAUUCCAGCGGCGGUGGCGCCUGUGACGACGACGACGACAGCCGGAGCGGAUUCUGGCCUUGUCGCUCACCAUGCCGACGGUGGAGGAACUUUACCGCAAUUAUGGCAUCCUGGCCGAUGCCACGGAACAAGUGGGCCAGCAUAAAGAUUCCUAUCAAGUAAUACUGGAUGGUGUGAAAGGUGGUACUAAGGAGAAAAGAUUAGCAGCUCAAUUUAUUCCAAAAUUCUUCAAGCAUUUUCCCGAAUUGGCUGAUUCAGCUAUCAAUGCACAGUUAGACCUCUGUGAGGAUGAAGAUGUAUCGAUUCGACGCCAAGCAAUUAAGGAACUGCCUCAGUUUGCCACUGGAGAAAAUCUUCCCCGAGUAGCAGACAUACUAACCCAGCUUCUGCAGACAGAUGACUCUGCAGAAUUUAACUUGGUGAAUAACGCCCUAUUAAGUAUAUUUAAGAUGGAAAAGCUAGAGACAAAUUUAAGGAAACUGUUCGAUAAGUUGUUGGAGUACAUGCCUCUCCCACCAGAAGAAGCGGAAAAUGGAGAGAACGCUGGCAAUGAAGAACCUAAGUUGCAGUUCAGUUAUGUGGAAUGUCUGUUAUACAGCUUUCACCAGUUGGGUCGGAAACUUCCAGAUUUCCUAACGGCCAAACUGAAUGCAGAGAAGCUCAAAGAUUUCAAAAUCAGGCUUCAGUACUUUGCACGAGGCCUGCAGGUUUAUAUCCGACAACUUCGCUUGGCUCUGCAGGGGAAAACAGGAGAGGCCUUAAAGACAGAAGAGAACAAGAUUAAAGUUGUUGCAUUGAAAAUCACAAAUAAUAUCAAUGUUUUAAUCAAGGAUCUCUUCCACAUUCCCCCUUCUUAUAAGAGCACAGUAACAUUAUCCUGGAAGCCCGUACAGAAGGUUGAGUUGGGGCAAAAGAGAGCCAGUGAAGAUACAACUUCAGGUUCACCACCCAAAAAAUCUACAGGACCAAAAAGGGAUGCCAGACAAAUUUAUAAUCCUCCUAGUGGGAAAUACAGCAGCAAUUUGAGCAACUUUAAUUAUGAGAGGAGCCUUCAGGGGAAGUAGAGGUGGCCGAGGCUGGGGAGCACGAGGAA